GUCAGAGCCGCCCAGGCUGGGCGGGCGCCUCAGCCAUGGCCCUGCGCAAGGAGCUGCUUAAGUCCAUCUGGUACGCUUUCACCGCACUGGACGUGGAGAAGAGCGGCAAGGUCUCCAAGUCCCAGCUCAAGGUGCUGUCCCACAACCUGUACACAGUCCUGAACAUCCCUCACGACCCCGUGGCCCUGGAGGAGCACUUCCGAGACGAUGAUGAUGGCCCUGUGUCCAGCCAGGGAUACAUGCCCUACCUCAACAAGUACAUCCUGGACAAGGCGGAGGAGGGGGCUUUCGUUAAGGAGCACUUUGAUGAGCUGUGCUGGACCCUGACGGCCAAGAAGAACUAUCGGGUGGAUAGCAAUGGGAACAGCAUGCUCUCCAAUCAGGAUGCCUUCCGCCUCUGGUGCCUCUUCAACUUCCUUUCUGAGGACAAGUACCCUCUGAUCAUGGUUCCUGAUGAGGUUGAAUACCUGCUGAAGAAGGUACUCAGCAGCAUGAGCUUGGAGGUGGGCUUGGGUGAGCUGGAGGAGCUGCUGGCCCAGGAGGCCCAGGCAGCCCAGACCACUGGCGGGCUCAGCGUCUGGCAGUUCCUGGAGCUCUUCAACUCAGGUCGCUGUCUGCGAGGUGUGGGGCGGGACACCCUCAGCAUGGCCAUCCACGAGGUCUACCAGGAGCUCAUUCAAGAUGUCCUGAAGCAGGGCUACCUGUGGAAACGAGGGCACCUGAGGAGGAACUGGGCAGAACGCUGGUUCCAGCUGCAGCCCAGCUGCCUAUGCUAUUUUGGGAGUGAAGACUGCAAGGAGAAAAGGGGUACCAUCCCACUGGAUGCACAGUGCUGCGUGGAGGUGCUGCCGGACCGAGAGGGGAAGCGCUGCAUGUUCUGCGUGAAGACGGCCUCCCGCACGUACGAGAUGAGCGCCUCAGACACGCGCCAGCGCCAGGAGUGGACAGCUGCCAUCCAGACGGCGAUCCGGCUGCAGGCCGAGGGGAAGACGUCGCUGCACAAAGACCUGAAGCAGAAGCGACGGGAGCAGCGGGAGCAGCGGGAGCGGCGCCGGGCGGCCAAGGAGGAGGAGAUGCUGCGGCUGCAGCAGCUACAGGAGGAGAAGGAGCGAAAGCUGCAGGAGCUGGAGCUGCUGCAGGAGGCACAGCGGCAGGCCGAGCGCCUGCUGCAGGAGGAGGAGGAGCGGCGCCGAAGCCAGCACCGCGAGUUGCAACAGGCACUCGAGGGCCAGUUGCGCGAGGCGGAGCAGGCCCGGGCUUCCAUGCAGGCUGAGAUGGAGCUGAAGAAGGAGGAGGCUGCCCGGCAGCAGCAGCGCAUCAAGGAGCUGGAGGAGAUGCAGCUGAGGCUUCAGGAGGCCCUGCAUUUGGAGGUGAAAGCUCGGCGGGAUGAGGAGGCUGUGCGCCUAGCACAGACCAGACUGCUGGAGGAGGAGGAGGAGAAGCUGAAGCAGCUAAUGCAGCUGAAGGAAGAACAGGAGCGUUACAUCGAGCGGGCGCAGCAGGAGAAGCAAGAGCUGCAGCAGGAGAUGGCACUGCAGAGCCGCUCCCUGCAGCAGGCCCAGCAGCAGCUGGAGGAGGUGCGGCAGAACCGGCAGAGGGCUGAUGAGGACGUGGAGGCUGCCCAGCGGAAGCUGCGCCAGGCCAGUACCAAUGUGAAACACUGGAAUGUCCAGAUGAACCGGCUCAUGCAUCCAAUCAAACCUGGAGACAAGCGUCCCACCACCAGCAGCUCCUUCACAGGCUUCCAGCCCCCUCUACUUGCCCGCCGUGACUCCUCCCUAAAGCGCCUGACCCGCUGGGGAUCCCGCAGCGACAGAACCCCCUCACCCAGCAGCAGUGAGCAGCAGAAGUCCCUCAAUGGUGGGGAUGAGGCUCCCAUCUCGGCUUCCACCGCUCAGGAAGAAAAACUGGACCCAGCACCAGAAAAUUAACCUCUGCUAGCCUCUCUUCCCCCUGACCUCAUGCCUACUAGGACCUGGCCACAGCUGGCCUGUGAGUAACACCAGCCCCUGCAGAAGGAGCUGAAAUCCUGGUGCCAAGGGCCCAUGCCCUCUGACCAUGAAAUAGUCCAAGAUGGAAACUGGUUCAUUUUUGCACCAGCCCCAGGCCCCAGACCACUGAGGCUGUCUGGGAUGUUUGUCCUUAAGAACUUGAUCCAGUGCCUUAACCCAAGGGCCCUACGCCCUGGGCUGGGAAAGAGAGUAAACAAGCAAGCCAGGGGCCAUCUGUCCCUAGAUUGCUUCCAAGUUGUGGAGGCACAUUUCUAAAUAAAAACUGCUCUUGGUAUAAAUUA